AUGGAGGUUGGGUACGCAGACCGGCACGGCACACUAGGUGUGCCUGGGCCUGGAGGCGCAGCACGCGGGCCGGCACGGCACACCAGCUCUGCUCCGUUGUGUGGAUUAAUUAAAUUAAGAAAAAAAAGAAGGCGUUCCUUCAGUGUUCCACGGCGCCGGCGGACCACUGAGGCAAGCGGCUGGGCUUCCCUCCCCACCGAUGUAGUUCACCUCGUCACCAGCCGCCUGCUGGCCGACGACGUGGUGGACUACAUCGUCUUCCGGGCCGUCUGCUCCGGCUGGCGCAGCUGCACGAGCGACGCGCGCGACCCCACCCUGUGCAAACCGGACCUCUGGCCGCGCGGCUGGGUCGCCCUCUGCGACGGCGACGGGGUACGCCCGGACGACGCCGGCGAGAUCAGCUUCUUCCACACGCGGACGGCCAGGCGCCUCCGCGUCCGCCUGCCGGAGCUCCGGCGCCACAGGAUCGUCGGCUUCACCCAAGGACUGAUCAUUCUUCUGAACAAACGCACCGCCGCCGUCCGGGUGCUGCAUCCCUUCACGCGGGUCGUGGUCGACCUCCCGUCCCUCGUCCCUGUGUUCCACGACGCCGUCAGGAACCGCAACUCUCUGCUUGACAUGAAUGCCGCGGUCUGCAGCGCGUCGUCCGCGGCGACCUCCAUUGCCGUGGUGGCCUGGUUCCCCUGGACGCGCGUGGUGAUCGGCGCCGAGGCUGGCCGCCCAACUUGGGAGGUCCUCCACCGAGGGCUCUUCCUUAGGAGCAUCCUGCCCUUCCAAGGAAGGCUUUACGCAACCGUCGCCAUGGGUGGCUCAAGAGAGAUCAUGCAGCUGUACCCGAGAUCACCACAUCCUGUGCUUGCUCAUGUUCCAAAUGAUUUUGGUAAUCCGAGCCUAUGCAACUACUUCCUCGUAGAGUCCGGUGGGCGAGUGCUGCUUGCCGUCCACCAUUUAACUGCACAACAUUGUGGCGUGGAGCCCUUCCAGCAAAAUGCCUAUAAGCUCUUUGCGUUGGACAUCGACCGCGGUGAGCUGAUCCCAGUGAACUGCCUCGGUGGCCACGCGCUGUUCCUCAGCAGGGAUCGGUCCCUCUCUGUUUCAGCCAGGGACCUCCCUUCUGUGAAGAGCAACUCCAUUUACUUCUCUUUGCGCCGUGACCCUGUUGUGGUGCACUCCAUAAGGACAGGUUUCUCUGAGCGGCUAGCAGUGUCAUGCCAAAUACAUGACGGGAAGGAUAGGAUCCGACCCUCCGUGCGCCCUUUCACCAUUGCCGACCAUCUUCUAACCUACUGCCAUCCUCAUGAGUGGACAAAAGGACUCAUGUUUCAUGAGUACCACUCUAUACCUGAAUCUUUCGAGGAAUUGACCAAGAACAUCAAGGCAAAAAAUUCUGAACUACGGAUUCCUCGCAUUGCGGUUCGUUGAUUGGAAGGAAGAAACAGGGCCACAGCACUUCACACUGGCCAGUGAAUAAUGCCAAUAGACAGUUGACGCACAAUUCCCUUGCUGGCUCAGUUGGGAUCUUUGUGUGGCUAGGCCAAUUCAUUGGUGGCUCCCAACGCAACGCGCACAAAUCUUUUGAAUUUGGUUAGGCAGCAGUUUGUCUAUGCUAUGCAUAUAGUUCAAAUUUGAACUAAAAACAC